UCGUCAAAGCAAAACUGGUAGUUCAGUUUAACGCGUUUUCUCUUUUGACAUACGGCCCCAUGUAUUUUAGUUAUUAAUUGACUGCUGUUUAACAUAGAUCGCCGGAAACUUGCGUCCGUUCACCUGACAGCAAAAAUAAAAAAAUGAGUGAAAAUACUGAAAUUAUCAAUCCAAAUGAAAAUCUGCAAAUACCUGAAUGGAUAAAUGCGGAAUAUUUUCAUGACAUUGUGAAAAAAGAUGAACCUGAUUGUGUGGCUAUAAAAACAUUCACUCCAACCGCGGCAAUACCGCCGGGUGAAAAUUUCACAUCAGUUAUGUUGCGAUUGCAUAUGGAUUUGGAAAUGAAAGAUGGCUCCAUCAAACCAAAAACCUAUAUUUUCAAAACCAUGUUGGAUGAAGAGAAGGGCGGUGCCAUUAUCAACAAAUUAUCCUUGUUUCCCAAAGAAAUGGAAAUGUAUGGCAAAUAUUUGCCAGCCUUUGAGGAACUCUAUAAAGCUGUCGGUUGGAAUAUUCAGUUAUCACCGAAAUGUCUAUUUACCGAGAAAAAGGACAAUCUUAUAAAUUUCCUCUUUGAAGAUUUAAAGACACGGGAGUUUAAAAAUAUCAAUCGUCUACAAGGCUGUGAUAUGCAUCAUAUGACCCAUAUUUUGAGAAAAUUAGCUGAAUUUCAUGCCGCAAGUGCGGUAUACGAAGAACUGCAUGGGGCGUAUCCAGAAGAUUUCCAAUACGGUUUUGUAGAUAAUCGUCAUGGCGAUGCUUUUAUCAGGGAAUCAUUUCUUACAAAAGCGGAAUCAUAUAAAGAGGCCAUGGCUAAUUGGGAUCUGGAGAAUGUUGAGGAAUAUAUAAGGAAAUUUCCCACCUGUGACCAGUAUCAAAAAUGUGCUGCAGCCACCCUACAACAAUCCACAAAUUCCUUCAAUGUCCUCUGCCAUGGUGAUUUUUGGUCUAGCAAUAUCAUGUUCAACUACUUGCCCAAUGGCGAAAUCAAUGAAACCAUGCCCCUAGAUUUCCAGAUUUGUAAAUGGGGUAGCCCUGCAGAAGAUCUACUGUUUUUCAUAACCAUAUCACCAAGUGCUGAGAUACGCGUUAAAGAAUUUGAUAACUUUUUGGCCAUUUAUCAUAAGCGAUUGGUGGAAUGUCUCAAGGUUUUGGGCUACAAGAAACCACUACCCACAUUGCGUGAUAUACAUUGUGAUAUGUUUAAUAAAAAUAAUAGUUUUUAUGCUUUCUUUGCCUGCUUCAAUCACCUGCCCGGCAUAAUGCUGCCCAGCGAUAAGGAUUCAAAUAUCCAUACAUUUUCACGCAACGAUGCCAUUGGUGAAGAAUUCCGACGUCGUGCCUAUGCAAAUCCAUUGUUGGUUUCAGUUUUGAAACAGCUCUUCCCAUUCUAUCACAAUAAAGGCAUAUUUAAUUUUGAAGACUACGAUGAGAAGUGAUACUGAUUUUAAGGAUCCUUAACUAAAUAUUGUUAUUAGAAUAUGUCAAUAAAUAAACUAGAGAAAUUUAGAUAAAA